AUGGCUCAGUGGUACAGCCAGCCUUUCGAGAACCUCUCGGCUGCUCUAGCGGAUCCUCGCUCGCAUUAUACCCUGAUCGCUGCUGCAGGGGUGUCCCUAAGUGUAGCUAUUUGCCUACGUGCGCUUUACCCGGACCGACAGGCGGGGAAGAAAAUUAUACAUUCUCCCCUAGCUGUCACGCAAUCUAAGAUCUCGGAUGACAGUGAUCACCCACUGCCGCCCGAUGCACUCCCGGGGGCGCGAGAUGUGCAGACGCCAUACGGCUCGAUCCGUAUCUAUGAAUGGGGUCCCGAAGAUGGUCCUAAAGUACUCCUCGUCCACGGAAUCACCACCCCCUGCAUUGCCCUCGGUGGACUAGGACACGCAUUAGUUGACCGAGGUUGUCGAGUGAUGCUUUUCGAUCUAUUCGGCAGAGGUUAUUCCGAUUGUCCCUCUGACCUGCCCCAGGAUGAGCGUCUGUUCGCAACUCAAAUUUUCCUCGCUCUGAGCUCAUCUUCGAUCCCGUGGACAGGGACCGGCUCCGGUAAAUUUUGUCUAGCAGGCUACUCCCUAGGUGGCGGCAUAGCAACAUCUUUUGCCUCAUUUUUCCCCCAGCUCUUGUCAGCUCUGGUGCUUCUUGCUCCCGCAGGGUUGGUCCGUGACUCACAUAUCAACUUCCGCACUCGGUUUCUGUACUCUGGAGGUCUCCCGGACGGGCUCAUCAGAACCCUUUCCAGUAUGCGUUUGCGGGCUGGACCUCUGUCAACCCCAAAGCCCGCACAGAAGACAUUCCGCGCCAGCGACGCUCUCACCGAGGAGCUCUCUUCGCAAGGAACCGAGACGCAAGUCCUAUCGCGGUCAUACCCCAACGUUUCAGUGCCGAAUACUGUCUACUGGCAGGUGAAGAACCACAAUGGAUUUGUGCAUUCCUUCGUAUCUAGCAUGCGAAAUGGUCCCAUCUUGUAUCAGCGGCAACGGGAAACAUGGGAGCGCCUUGGAAAGUAUCUCUCACAACAAAAAGAGCUCCCCGCUGACGAGCAGAAAUCAAAUGGCCUCCCUGGCGACAAGGUUGUGAUUAUGUGCGGCGAGAAUGAUCCGAUUAUCCUUCAGAACGAACUAGUAGAAGAUGCUAAUGCAACCCUUGGAGGUGAUGUGGUAUUCAAAUUCUUCCCUGCCGGCCACGAGUUUCCAAGCACCAAAUACGACGAAGUCGCACAGAUCAUCUUCGACACUCUGCUUUGA